CCACCUUCCAUUUGAUCACUCAAGCUCAGAUUUUGAUCCUUAUAUAUAUGCACUGAACAGCUGUGUAUAUACUCCAUUUUUAGCUAAUCGCAUCAUCCAAUCUUGAAUAACACUGAUCUCCUGCCUUCAACCUUAGCCAAAUCAAACACUUUGAUGAAACUAAUCUCAUCAAACCAGCUCUAAACCAAGAAAUAAAUGAAGAACACGCUUUUAGCAUUCGCGCUAUCACUUCUAGUCAUCUUGAUCUUCACAGAACCAUCACUCCAAGAAUCAAACUCUCCCACUCUACUCCCAAACCCUAGACUUCUCAAUGCAUUCAUAGCCCUCCAGGCCUGGAAACACUUGAUCACUGAUGACCCUAAAGGCUUCACUUCAAACUGGUAUGGCCAUGGUGUCUGCAACUACACCGGAGUCUACUGUGCGCCCGCCCCCGAUGACCCUCAUAUCACCACCGUUGCUGGGAUUGAUCUAAAUCAUGCGAGAAUCUCAGGAUCAUUGCCCCAGGAGCUAGGCCUGUUAACUGAUCUAGCUCUGUUCCACCUCAACUCCAACAGGUUUAAAGGCUCUCUCCCUGACGCUUUCCGUCAUCUUCGCCUCCUCUACGAGCUCGACAUCAGCAACAAUCUCUUCUCCGGAGAAUUCCCUCCGGCUCUCCUCUGCCUCCCGUCGCUGAAAUUUCUUGAUAUUCGCUACAACAAGUUCAAGGGAAAGGUCCCUUCCGAUCUUUUCAACCUGAAACUCGACGCCCUUUUCAUAAACAACAACAAUUUCGACUUCACCCUGCCUAAAAACAUCGGAAACUCCACGGUUUCUGUAUUAGUCCUGGCUAACAACAAUCUCCGGGGGUGUUUGCCAACAGGCAUAGGCAAAAUGGCUAAAACCCUGAACGAGAUUAUCCUCUCGAACGCCGGCUUAAGUGGCUGUUUGCCUGAAGAAAUUGGAUCGCUGACGAAAUUGACAGUGUUUGAUGUGAGCUUCAACAGUCUUGUUGGAAGUCUGCCCAAGUCAAUGGGAAACAUGAAGAGUCUUGAGCAACUCAACGUUGCGCAUAAUAAGCUUUCGGGGGCGAUUCCUGACAGCAUUUGCUCAUUGCCUAGGCUGGAGAACUUCACCUAUUCCGAUAAUUACAUCUGCGUGGAGCCGAGUUCGUGUUUGAAGCUGGAAGAUAAGGAUGACGCCAAGAAUUGUAUACCUUACAGACUUGGCUGUUUGCCGCCUUCUCCACCACCACCUUCGCCACCACCUCCGCCCUCACCGUCACCGCCUCCACCUCCGCCACCACAUUAUUAUUAGUAUCAUGAUCAAGUCCAUGUUGACUUUUUCCAAAAAAAUAAAAAUAUACAUUAUUUGCUUUAAUUAGUUCAUCUGUUGUUACAAGAAAUCAUAAUAAGGUGCAAUGAUGGAUGUUAUUUCCCUCUCACUUAAUCAUUUGUGACCUCGUGUAUAUGCUGAAAGAGUUUGUGUAUUUCCUAUGAUGUUGUUCUAAUUUGUUUAAUACUAGAGUAAGAUUUCUGUA